UCGUCGUAGAACUGGGAUCCGGCUGCCUUAACUGACCAACGGGAGCGAUGGAUUUCUCUGAGCUGCCCAAGAUCGGGGAUGCGGAAAAAGAGAGCGAAUUGGGGUUUGUCCAUGGGGUCUCGGGGCCUGUGGUGAUUGCCUGCAAGAUGGCCGGCGCAGCGAUGUACGAGUUGGUCCGCGUUGGCCACUUUGAAUUGGUGGGUGAGAUAAUCCGGCUGGACGGAGACCUGGCCACCAUCCAAGUGUACGAGGAGACCUCGGGGGUCUGUGUAGGGGACCCCGUGCUGCGGACGGGGAAGCCGCUCUCCGUGGUCCUUGGGCCUGGGAUCAUGGGCUCCAUCUUUGACGGGAUCCAGCGUCCACUGAAGGACAUCACCGAGCUUACCAAAAGUAUCUACAUUCCCCGGGGGAUCAACAUUUCUGCUUUAUCCAAGGACCUGAAGUGGGAUUUUAAGCCGAGUUCCAACAUCCGGGAUGUGGUGUUGGAGCUCGACUUCGAGGGUGUUAAAGAGAAACUGACCAUGAUGCAAGUCUGGCCCGUCCGGCAGAUCCGUCCGGUGUCCGAGAAGCUCCCGGCCAAUCACCCACUGCUUACUGGCCAGAGAGUUCUGGAUGCGCUCUUUCCGUGCGUCCAAGGUGGCACCACGGCCAUCCCAGGUGCCUUCGGGUGCGGGAAGACGGUCAUUUCCCAGUCUCUGUCAAAGUACUCCAACAGUGACGUCAUCAUCUACGUGGGCUGCGGAGAGCGUGGGAACGAGAUGUCGGAGGUGCUCAGGGACUUUCCCGAGGAAUCACCCUCUCAGAAUAUUUCCGGGACAUGGGAUACCAUGUUAGCAUGAUGGCUGAUUCCACCUCCCGCUGGGCGGAAGCCCUUCGCGAGAUCUCUGGACGUUUGGCUGAAAUGCCUGCAGACAGUGGGUACCCGGCCUACCUGGGCGCCCGCUUGGCGUCCUUCUACGAACGGGCCGGCCGUGUCAAGUGCCUGGGCAGUCCGGAGCGAGAGGGGAGCGUCAGCAUCGUUGGAGCGGUGUCCCCUCCUGGCGGGGAUUUCUCAGAUCCGGUCACCUCCGCGACCCUGGGGAUUGUCCAGGUCUUCUGGGGCCUGGACAAGAAGCUGGCGCAGCGGAAGCACUUCCCCUCCGUCAACUGGCUGAUCAGCUACAGCAAGUACACCCGGGCGCUGGACGAGCACUACGAGAGGCUCUACCCGGAGUUCAUCUCCCUGAGGACCAAAGCCAAGGAGAUCCUGCAGGAGGAGGAGGACCUGGCCGAGAUUGUCCAGCUGGUGGGAAAGGCAUCUCUUGCUGAAAGCGACAAGAUCACCCUGGAGGUAGCCAAGCUGAUCAAAGACGACUUUUUGCAGCAGAACGGCUACUCCUCCUACGACAGGUUCUGCCCUUUCUACAAGACGGUGGGCAUGCUGCAGAACAUGAUCACUUUUUAUGAGCUGGCCCGCCACGCCGUGGAGUCGACCGCCCAGUCUGACCACAAGAUCACCUGGGCCAUCAUCCGGGAGAACCUGGGCGACAUCAUGUACAAGCUCAGCUCCAUGAAGUUCCAG